AUGGACGCGAUAAUGGAAUCAGUUACGGAAUGGGCCAAGUCCCUUCCGCCACGCGCGGAAUUCUUCCCUGUCACUCAGCCAGCGUAUGCAGUGCUAAUAACAGUCUUUCAAUAUUUCCUUAUUGCACCGCUAUUCCAGCUACUAACGCCAUAUUACCCCCAAGGCAAAACCUCGAUAUCAAAAUCCUUCCUCAACUUACCCGGUCGAUAUGCAUGGAGCAUAAUGGAGAGCUUCGGAGUGGCCAAUUUCAUCUAUAUAAUCUCGACCUCUGAGCAAGGCAAUGGGUUCUCCGGCCUAUCGGCAUGGCAUAAAGUGCUUGCCGUGCUAUACGUCCUCCACUACGCCAACCGCGCAUUAAUCACACCCCUAUUUCUCGCUCCAAGCAUGUCGCCGAUCCACAUUGAAAUCUUCUUCUUCGCUAUCUUAUUCCACUACCUUGCCUCGAGCACCUUCGCUUCCUGGUUACUUGGAUAUAAAACCAUCUUGGCAACAGCAGGUACCCCCGAGGCGCCGGGAGCCAUGUAUGACGCUACAAUCGCCACCGCGCCCGAAUUGACUGGAUACAUGGUUUAUGCCCCUUACGUUGGACUUGCGAUCUUUUUAGUUGGAAUGUACGGCAACAUCCAGUCUGAGAAUACUUUAUUCGAGUUGCGCAAGGAGGAAGCGCAUCGACGACAAAAGAAGCAGGACGAGAGCGCUAAUGGCAGCGUGAACGGCAAAUCUAUCUACGACAAAGUAUACGUUCUGCCUCCGGCUGAGGGAUAUUUCUCCUCGAUUCUAUACCCUCACUACGCGCUGGAAUGGGUUGAAUGGACUGGCUUUGUGAUCAUUGCACUCUCGGUUACUUCUCUUAACGUGGUUUCCGUUACGGCCGAAUCAGCUGCCACGACUGGUGUUGUACAGCUUGCGCCAUUUUAUGCGCCUGUCGCUAAAUUCUUUAUGAGUACUUGCGGUUUGCCACUCCCGUUCCCUGUCUUGUUGACAUGCGUGAAUAUUUUGACCACUACCGCUGUACGUGCUCGCUGGGGAAGAGCUUGGUAUAUCGAGCGUUUCGGUGAGAAGGCUGUUGGAGGUAGGGGAGCGUUCAUUCCUUAUUGCAAGUGGUUGUGA